AUUCUUGGAGUUAAGCUUGAGAUAUUUCCAGCUCCAGAAUGGACAGAAAGCAUGGAAAAUAUGUAGUGAAUGUGGAGCCCUCUGGAAAACAGCAGCCAAGCACGUGUACACAUGGCCAAGAAGUUCAGCAUCCCACGUGUUGGUGUCCAUCUUCAAAUGAUGUCACUGGAAAUGUCUCCUCCGACUUGUCUGGGGUCUGGGUGAGCCCAGGAAUCCUUGCACACUCAGAAUGCCAACACCCAGAGCCCUGCAGCCCACAGGUGGCUGGAAAUAACUGUGAUGGCUGGUCUUUGUGGAAAGUCUUCCUGGCUUGCCUCUUAGCCUCUGUGCUAACAACAGCAAUUGGAGUACUCAUACUAAGCUUGGUGAAUAGAAACAAUUCCCCUAUUGUUAUCCAGUUAUCCUCAAAUACUGAAGCCUCUACAGUUACACCUCAAACAACCUCUACUACUACUCAGACAACAGCAAUCACUUCCACAGGGUUGGCAACCACAACAUCCCCUGAGACUACAGCCACAACAGCCACCACAGCACCUACUGAAGCUAGUACCACAACAACCAUGGCCGUGACUUCAACUCAACCUGUGACCACAACAGCUACCACCACAACUCCAUCUGUACCCACAAGCACGGCAAGCUCAACCCAGCUCACAACCUCUGCUGCAUCCACGGAAACAACAGCCACAACUGUCGAUUCAACUCAACCUGUUACCACAACAGCCACCACCACAACUCCAUCUGUGCCCACAAGCACGGCAAGCUCAACCCAGCCCACAACCUCUGCUGCAUCCACGGAAACAUCAGCCACAACUAUGGAUUCAACUCAACCUGAAACCACAUCAGGUUCAGCAUCAAGUGAAACCACACCCACCACCAGUGCUACAAAAGUUCUAGUUCCUGAAUUACCACCUAUCAAGUGAUUAUGACCAUUGCUGCAAUUAGGUUUCCAUCUGGAUCUUGUGAGUCACUAUUGCAACAGCUACUUGAACCAAGAUAUCACCAUGUUGAUAAACCCUCUAACAGUGGAAGCCUUCAUAGCACCAUAUGCCACUACACAUGAAAAUUAGUUGGCAGCCAAAACAAUUAUGACUUUCCUUAUUGUUUUAAUGGAACCUUUGUUCACCUAUAUUGAUAACCACUACUACUUGCAUUUAGCCUACAACUAUAAUUUCUGCUUUGCCUACAAUAAAAGUGCUCUUUAUUCUCCUUA